AUGGAGGGCGAAAGAAGUGGUUCGGCAAGUACUCCUAGCGCGAAUAAAACCAGCAAUCACGCCUCCACAGACAAGCGUCGUUCCACAGAUUGCCAUUACAGCGCGCCAUCCAAAGUUGGAAAGCCGAAAGGAAGCAGAAAUAAAAAAACGAUCGAAAAAUUAAAAGUCGCUGAAAAAGAUGCGGCCAAUAACCAGACUGCCGGCUCUGAUAGCCAGGGGAAUGAAAUAUACGCCUCCGUAAUUGAUGACUCAAACACUCUCGGCCAAGUCUCUACUUACACAUCAUCUCCGUUCUAUUGCCAGUCAAUCAACAUGGAUUCAACCUUCGGAAUACUUGACAGAGAUAUUGACCCCAUAUUUGUGAGCUCCGGUACAGAAUUUAUGGAUGAAACCCAUGCAAGAAAUAACUGGUCAGACUGUUUUUCCAACAUGAAGUCUUUAAUAAGUGUCGAAGCGGAUCCUAUGUCUAUGGCAAUGGACGAGACUACGAAUGCGGACGGAUACAGCAAUGAUUUCCAACCUCAAGAAAGCUCGGAAGGCUUGGAAAUCAGGGAUUUCGUUACGGCUGCAAAUGACCGAAAUGCUUUGAUGCCAACAUCUAUUGUACCAGAAUCAAGGCGAUCAGAAAGGGGUCACUCACUUCACGCAACUCAGUACGAGACUCGAAGUCUAGAACAGCUACCCCCCUGCUCUGCAAGUCAAACCUCGGUUCAAAGUCGUGUUUAUCGUGAUCGAAUAAUCUCUACUGAGCAGUGUCGCUGUUUGCAAGUGCAAGUUCAACAACUUUGCGAGCUGCGGCAAGUGGAACAACGUCAAAGUUCUAUUCUAUUCGACACCAUUCAACACUUUACAGCAGGUGGAUAUCAGUUGCUGGAACGAACCUUUCGAUGCCCUGUUUGCUUGCCAGAUCAACAAUGUUUGCAGAUUGCGAGCAUGGUUUUGCAAACAUUCUCGAAGUGGGUUGAAAAUUUCCAAGUAAAGUCGUUACAACCUUCCCCACACAGACCGAUACUCAAUAUUCAGCUAGGGAGCUACAAUACCAACCCGGAAGAGGGUUUACUGUUGGAAGUAGUAUUGAUUUCGCGAUUUUUAGUAAAGACAAGAGGGAUAGUUCGUCUAUUUCGAGAGAGGAUCCAGCAGCUCAAGGAUUUCACAAAUGGAAAUGAAGUGGUUGUAGAAUAUCUGCAGCAGGUGGCGACUUCCUAUCUUCAUGUAGUCGAAGUGAAAAGAAAGGACAUUAAGGACAAAUAUGUCUCGGGAGGUCACGAAGAGGGAUUUGGUAUGAAAAUAGACAUCUUGGAAUUGAGUACAGAGGAGCUCUAG